AUGCUCACAAGAAAUCAGCUUCUCGUUCAGAGCGCUCAGGCGGCUGAGCGUGUGCAAGCAGCUUUCGCCAACAACGUCGAGUGGGACCACCUCCUCAUCAGCUUCAAAAUACUUCUCAAAGUCAUCGACGAUGACUCCGACUGGAUGGUUGGGGAUUUCAGGCGAAGGCUUUCUGCCUUCGUCUUUAAUGUCGCAGCGCAUCGCGAGGCGUUCUACAGCAUCUUCGACAACCUGGAUCCAGAUGUUCCGGUCACAGCUUACGAGUACGAGGGCGAGUUCCUCACAAAGUUCAAAAGCGAGGCUCAACGCGGACAAUCGGACGUGCCAACAGCAACACGCUUCUGCCGUUUCCUCCUCAGUCUCGAAACUCCGCGAGACUCAUCACAGAUCAACCUCGACGCCGAUGGCCACGUCCCAGAUAUCACUGUCAACAUGGCAGAGGAGUGGAACCGAGAGUUUCGAGGUGAUGCUGUGGCACGCUUCCUCCGCUUCACCAUUAAUGAUCUAGCCUGCCGCCCUUUCUGCCAACGCCGUUACUUUGACGGAUCAGCCAUUAUUCAGGCGAGUGGCACCGGUAAGACACGCUUGGCUUUGGAGCUUGGCAAGUAUGCUCCGCUACUGUACAUGUGUCUCCGUCUACCAGAAGAUGCCUCCCUUCAGAGUUUCCCUCCGGCCGACAGCGCGCCAAUCGAAUACUUUGACAGCCUGCGAAUAGCGCGCGAUACGGAGGGCGUAGACAUCAAAGGCCUACACAGUCUUCAGGUUGCGGCUUUUGUGGGCGCCUGA